AUGACGUCACUGUCCUAUCCUCGCGGGAUUAGUUUACAGCGGCAGCUCUGACCAAAACCAGGAUGUGGAUGGAAACCAAAUUUGGACUUCACAGAAUAUGUUUACUCGUUAUUUGAGACUUUUUUUUAAUUGACAGCAGUGAAGCGAACUUAUUUGAGAUGUUUCUGAUCCUGUCCCUGCUGAUAAUGUUUGCGCCACCAGGGGGCGACGCAUCUCCAAUCAGCUGCUACAACGACCAAGGUGAUGCAGUUGACUGGUUUUACCUGUACAAACUCCCUAAAGAAGGGGGCAGAACACACGAGUUUCAGGGAGAUACAUAUUUAUUGCUGGACAAAGGGAGUGAAGGAUGGACGGAGGGGAAGGUGACGGUGAACGACACCAAUGGAGCUUUGGGCCAGACAGUCGGACAGCUGUACUCACAGGAAAAGAACUCGGAGGUAGCGUACAUCCUGUACAACGACCAGCAGCCUUCUGGGGAAUUUGGUGGCAGAUGGGCUGAAGGCAGCGGGAGCAGCAAAGGUCACACGAAAGGUGUUGUUCUGCUGGAUAAAAAUCAGGGGUUCUGGUUGGUGCACAGCACCCCUCACUUCCCCCCUGAGCGACAGGAAGGGCAGUUUUACUAUCCCAGCAGUGGAGUGAACAACGGGCAGAACUUCAUCUGCGUCACCUACCCGCUAGAACGUUUCCAGACCAUCGGAGAGCAGCUGCAGAUCAAUCAGCCUAACGUGUAUGACUGUGACGUCCCGGAGUCCCUGGCGUCCUCCGUCCCAGCUCUGGCUGCUGUCUGCAACAAAAACCUUCUGUCCUCUCAGAUGUUUCCACAUGUGAAAACUGUGUCCAACCGCAGCGUGACUCUGACUUCGACAGGCGGCACCGACUUCAUCAGCUUCGCCAAAGGAGCAAAGUUCGAUGAUGACCUCUACCACUCGUGGGUGGCGCCCACCCUCAAGUCAGACCUCCUGGUUCAGUUCUGGGUGCGCUCCACUGGGAUCCUCCCCUCCGACUGCUCGUUGGGCUGGAAGGUCCUGGACAUCAAGAGCAUCAACCCAGGGCAGACAUUCACCUUCAAGGCCACGCAGGACCACUCCAAGUGGGCCGUCAGCCUACGGGCAGCGCGGGACGGGUCACGAAGCGGCGGCUGGGUGUGCGUGGGGGACAUAAACAGGAACGAGGCGGAGGAACGGCGUGGAGGAGGCACCGUGUGUCUUCAGGACCCGACGGUGUGGAAGGCUUACCGGACGGCGGCGCUGGAGUGCGAGGCCUGUGGAGGAGAAAUGAUCCAGUGCUGAAGAGUCCGCAGAGCUAUACGAUAACGCUGGGCUCAGGGGCUUAUGGGAAAUAUUUCAACACGCUUGAUAUGCUGGGAGUCAGUUUUAAAACAUAAAAAACAGAGUCCCGUUUGGACUGGUGCUGUCAGUCGAUUCAAUAAUGUAAUCAGGUUAAUCACACUCUGACAGUAAUCGCUUUAAUCACUGUGCCUAACUUCAAUCCAACCAGUCAAAAUGCAAUCAAUUAUUUUUAUUUUAUUUUUUUUUUUGUGGCAGAAAGCAGGUAAUGUCUCCCAGUACUCAACAACAACUAAGGAACUUACUCCACUACACAUGAAUACAAGUAGUGGUAAACAUUUCCAGGAGCCAGCUGAUGACAGAUAUGUUUUAUUUUCUGGUUCUUGGGUCCUCCACCCCUUCCUGAUGCUGCCCUGGGCAACAGCCCAUAUCGAAAACUGUCAAAAAAAGUUUUGUCGCCUCAAACCAAAUCUUCAUACCUGAAGAUUCUCAGUUUUCCAGGUUUUUAUCUUCAGGAAGGUUUGAAGGAAGACAUUUUGUUUUAAACAUUAAUUUAGAAAUGUCUGUCUGUUCAUAUCCUGUGGAAGAUGUGCAAUGAGGUGAUAGUUGCUUCUCCUCAUCCAGCCUAACUUGUGGCAUAAUUUGUACAUUUGAAAUUUCGAGCUCGUACGUAACUUCGUGCAAAUGUGGGUUAGCGACACAACACAAGAAAGUUGUGAAUGUUCGACUUUGCUGCUGUUGCGGAAAACUGUCACUGUGGUUUGUCACUCCCUGUGUCAAAUCCAAAAUCCACUGCUGUGAACGAUGUAGCCCUCAAAAUAGUAGUUUGAUUAAUCUAUGUUAUGUAAUAUCAACACUUUAAAAUUUUCAGAUUAAUUGCAUGCGUUAGCAUUGACAGCAAUAGUUUGGACAUAAUUUGGUGAAAAUGCAAACCAGAGAUGGAGAUGAGAGUGAUUUGGAGCUGGCAGGUUUUACACAGUAACAGAGAGGACAAGUCUAUGGCAUCACAGCUUUUCCUGGCAGUUACUGGAGCAUCUGACAGUCAAAACAGGAAGAAAACAGCAGACACCAAAAGAUCAGGGUUCCUGCUGCAGAAAUCUGGAAAAUUAUGGAAUUUGAUUUUAGUUUUUUUCUGUAUAUAAAUAAAUAAAAAAAAGCCUCAAAAUAUUUUUUAUUUCCAGCUGAAAAUUCAUGGAUUGCUGUUACCGAGGUGAUGGAAUAGGUAGCCAUGACGACUAAGCCCUUUGAUUGAUUGAGCCUGAAGUGAUUCAACAAACAGCAGAAACAGUUUUUAUUUUGCUCUCCUAGUUGUUUUCUUUUCUGUGGUACAACUUCAUACUGAACUACUGAGGAUCCAAUGCAUCAGACAGCAGGCAGAGGUCAACAGAGGUCACUUCCUGGUAGGAUGGAGAUGGACGUGGUUUGGCCCUUUGUCUGCAGCUACUUUCUACUUUCUUCUCAGUUUCUUUUAAAUCAAAUAACUUACAGCACAUCUUCAUCACUGGUCUCCAUUUAAACCAAAUUAUAUCCAAAUCAGGCCAUUCUGACAGAAAAUGUAAUUUAAAAGUCUAAUGUAAUUAUUCCAAUUGCAAAUUUGUAAAAAUUAGCUACUUUUGUAUGUUAUGUGAUGCCUAGGAGGACAUUAUUUUUUAAGAGUUUUAGAGGAGUAAAAGUUUACACUGGUUUAACUGUAAGCUGCUGAGGUUUAGUCUGUACACUGUAAGAGAAAAUCCUCCUCUGUAGCUUAUAUUCCCCGUAGCCUCUUAAAAUUCACACAUCAUCCCUAAAAACCAACAGUUAUUUGUAAAAAUGCUUAGUUUUUUUAAAUACUUCAAUGUGGUGAGUUCAUGGAGUUUAUAGUCAAACACAUUUGUUAUUUGUUUGCUUGAUUUUUUCUCCCUUGUUUUACUAUUCCAGUAAUCAACAGGUGGCAGUAACGGCCUGCAAAGUGUUAUAAAGCAUGGCGCACGUCACGCAUUCAGAUUUCAGGAUGUAUCUUUCAGUUUUUAUUUUUUUUAAAAGUGCACGUAACUGAACUGAUCCUAAAAAUGCAGCUCAGAUGAACAUUAGCUCCAAACAGCAAUUCAACUUAACUGCAAAUUGUUUGUUUUUAAAGCAAAUUACAUUUAUAAUGAGUAAACAGCAAACAGCCACAGAGUGUGCGUCUCAAAAAGAGAGACAUUCAGUUCAUGCUUUCUUGGCAAAAACAUUUCAAAUGCUCAGUAUGAUUUUUUUUUUUUUUUUAUGCAAAUGGAGCCGUGCAGUAGGAGAACGAGUUUUUAAAUCUGACAGCAAUCUAGAGAGGUUAGGAGAAAACAGAACAAAACCCAUAAAAGUGUCUCUUUAAAAAUAAUAAAAGCAAAAGCUGAAGUGUUUUUCACAGCUGCUGAAACUGAAGAGACUCUCCUGCAAAUGGAUGAGAGCAGAUUCUGUAAGGAGGUUUUUCCACUCAUGCAUGCAGGUGUUCUCUGGAGGACUGACAUGCUCUGCUUCUUGAAAAGCACGUGGAUCAUUUCUUUCAUUAUUAUUUUUAGGAUUUUGGAAAGAAAUCAGGGGCAGAAAAGAUUCAGGUUUGAUGAUUUUCUUUUACUUCUCUGUGAAUGUUUGUUAAGUCAAACGAGCUGUGAAGUGCUUUUUCUCCGCCUUCAGUCUGACCUUGAUUUUUCCUGUAGAUAAAGAUGCUGGCUGUCUUUAAUUUGAAUAA